AUGGAAGCUAUAAUGGACAAGAAGCGUAAGAGCGAGAUCAAUGCAUUGUUGCAAAAUAUGGAAGCUAUAAUGGACAAGAAGCGUAAGAGCGAGAUCAAUGCAUUGUUGCAAAAUAUGGAAGAUGUGAAGAAAACCGAGUUAAAAAAUAUAACCCAUAUGACUAUGUUUUUAUCUCAACUUGCUCCAGAAUAUUAUACGGAAAACGAAUUAGCAGAGAUAGAAAAAUCGAGGCAAAGUUUGUGUUUAGAAAAAAGCUUACAGCCUAUUUUACCAAAUUCGAUUGUAGGAGAAAAAGUGGACAUCGAAACAAGUCUCCAGUCAAGUGAUGAAUGUAUCAUAUCUUGUGAAGAAAGAAGGGUGAAAUCAAAGAUUUUAAAGAAAAGAGCACUACAAGAGCAGGCUCCAGAAACUCAACCAUUGCCUCCACCUGAAUUGCCUAUUCGUCUCAAAAACCUCAUUAAUUUCUUAGACGGCAACAAUAUCAAAUAUAUUAUGUCUAAGACAUUGUCUCAAUCAAAUCUCAACAAAAACCUCAAACGUCUUUCAAUGCCACUUACACAAAUUAAAUCUGAUUUUCUCACUGACAAAGAAAAGAAAAUAUUAAAUACAAGGGAUAAAAAUCAUAGACCGGUUGGCCUAGAAGUGGUUGUGUUGGAUCCUAAUUUUAAAAAGUUUACAAUGUCUUUGAGGAAGUGGGAUAUGACGUCUACUAGUAUUUACAAUAUUAAUCAAGAUUGGACCCUUGUUUUGAAAGAAAAUGAAUUUAAAGAGAAACAAGUAUUCAAUAUUUGGUCAUUUAGGGUUAACGACAAGUUGCACCUUUUACUCGAUAAUCAUGUCGAGCAAGAAAUUGAAGAAAAUGGAGAACUGAAUAAUGUAGUUGUGAAUCUGAACAAUGAAGGAAUAAUCGAGGAGACAAAUGGCGAAGAUGGCUAA